GCAGGGCUCAUGCUACGGUACGCCAUUUGUGUCUAGCAGCAAAAAGCGCGGACAGUGGGAAUAGUCAUUUAAUUGAAGAAGUUUGAUGCAGCUUUGACAGUGACCAGCUUCACUGUUUUAUGUAAUUAUUCCAGGACAUGAUAUGGAUAAAACAUUGAUAUCAGGAAAGGAGGCUGUUGAGGACAACAUGUCAGAAAAUGACACCAGUGGGAAGGUGCAGCCAGACAAUGAAGAAAUGGAGGAAACCAAGACUGUCUCACCCAGUAGGAUUGGAGAGCCUGAUAAAGCAGAUGAGGAACUGGCUGAAAGGCAGCAUACAGACUCCACACCUCAAGAUGGGGAUAAGCUCUGUACACUUUGUGGCUUCUUAGCCAAAUGCCCAAGAUCACUGAAAAUUCACUAUGCAAGAAAGCAUGGCAAGAACUCAAAGAACACAGACAGAACCACAAAGCCUGCUGAAGAGGGUGAAGAUAUCGCUGACGUGAAUCCAGCUGAAGUCCAACAGGAGAUGGAUAUGGAGACAGAAAGCACUGCUGAGGUUAAACAAAAUCAGGAGUCAGAACCAGGGCCUGAUCUUGAUGAUAUGAGAUCUGCUGCAGUUGAUGAUGGGAUGAACGCAAAAGGUUCAACUAAAAGGGAGAUGGCAGUAGACAAGCAGGCAGAGAGAAGAGUAAGCAAGCGAACCCCAAAACCUAAGAUUAUUUAUUCCUGCAACUACUGUGGGCAAGAGUUUAGGGACAAGUCUCCUCUGGACGUGCAUAUCCAGAGAUACCACACCAAAGACACCCAGUACACAUUUCAUGCCGAUGAGAAUAUGGAGGAAGAAGAGGAAGCUGAGGAUCCUGGCAACACUGUGAAGACUAUCCCAACGCGAGUGGCGCCCAAACGGACACACAGCAGGUUCCAGCUGAAGUGCGAUAACUGUGAUUUUAGGGUUAGCACCUCUGUGUUGCUGGAGAGCCAUGCUCGCCUCAAACAUCCGGGCCAGGAAUGGUACCACUGCAAAUUGUGUAACUUUUUUUCGGCCACAUCUGAAUGGAUGGAUGCUCACCUGUCCUCAGAUAGCCAUAUGCAACAGCAGAAUGGGCAGAAAAGCACAGAAUCUUCUCCGUUUGAAGAAUAUGUUGAGAGGGUCAGCAAAGACAGAGCUGGAGAUUGUGAUGAUUUGGAUGGUGUUACUCAAGUGAUUAUUGGAGAAGUAGUACCUUCUUUGACAGAUGGAGACCAGGAAACUGAGGAGGCAGUGGGGUCUGCUAAAACUGUUUUGGUUGAUGAGGAAGAUUUGGAGCUAGAACCUCCCAGAAAGAAAAGAGGAAGACCAAAGCAGGGAUCCACGACUACUUGUGGAUAUUGUGGCCUGGUAGUGUCCAACGCCACAAACCUCAGUGUCCACGUCCGCCGUAAACACAGCAAGGAGUACGGUUAUAGCUGCAACCUGUGCAACUAUAGCUGUGUGACCAAAGGUGACAUGGAUCGUCACUGUAUCACGAAGAAACAUGUUAGACGUGCACAAGAAUGUGCAAAUAAUAACAGUCACACAAGUGCAUCACCCCAGGAAUCCACAUCUACACAAGUCCAGGAAUCAAAUGCAGCAUCACAGACCACUGACGGAGAGCAGGAAUCUGAUAACACAGAGUCCAAAGAGCACAGCGGAGAAGAGCAAAGUCAGUCAGUCACAAGUCAGAAAAAAACAAAAUGCAGCCAAUGUGAUUUUGUAGCUCAGUCCAUCCCUUCCCUACAUCUUCAUGUCAAAAGAAAGCACACCAAAGACUUUGAGUAUGUCUGUCUUGCAUGCAGUUACUAUGCUGUAACAAGCAGGGAAAUGUCUCGUCAUGCCAACACAGAGAAGCAUAAGCAGAAAAGCCAGAAAUACCUGGAGGCGCUAGGUAGUGAUGGACAAAGAGCUUUGUCAAUCCCACUGAAGACUAAGGAGGUCAUUGAGCUUGCUGGGCCAAAUUCUAACCCUGAAUGUGAACCGUAUAGCCCCACAGAAGAGUCUGAAUCUUGUCCAGAUGACCAAGCUGUAGACAAUCAGCCCGCAGUUGCAGCUCCAGUACCCACAGAACCUGUUGAUGCUGUGGUUAGUGUUGCUGGCAGUGCAAAUGAGAGUAUUACAUCUUCCACUGGUGGUGAACCUGAUCCAACAAACCAGACAGUGGAACUGGCAGCACUGUCCACACCCCAGCAGGCUUCAGCAGAACUUCAACCUGCAGCGCAACAAUCUACACAGCAAGAAGAAGGCCAGGAAGAAGGGGGUAAACAGACAGAUCCGGUGAAUGUAGGUGAAAAGAGCACCAACAGCUCUCAAACAGACAUACACAUUUCGAAAGUUCUACCCUUUGAUGCCUGCAUUGUAUCCAUAAAGACCCUCGUUGAGCAGGAGCAGGCUCUGCAGGAUGGUCUGACUUUAGAAGGCGAGGCUGCUGUGAUAUGCCUGACUGGAGGAACACCUGCGGCCUCUGGCCUCCUGUCCCCAAAUUCUGCUUACGUUAAGAAGCUCAAACCCAAGGAAACGAGGGCGAGAGAUGAAGCCAAAGGAAGCAACACCCGCAUACGCUGCGAGGACUGUGGCUUCAUGGCCGACGGCAUCAGCGGCCUCAACGUCCACAUCUCGAUGAAGCAUCCGUCCAAGGAGAAGCAUUUCCACUGCUUGGUGUGCGGCAAGUCAUUCUACACUGAGAGCAACCUGCACCAGCACCUGACCAGCGCCGCCCACCUCCGCAACGAGCAGAACAGUGUAGAGGAGCUGCCUGAAGGGGGAGCGAGCUUCAAGUGCGUAAAAUGCACCGACCGCUUUGAAACAGAGCAAGACCUGUUUAUUCACAUCAAAGAGAAGCACGAGGAGCUUCUGAGGGAGGUCAACAAGUAUGUGCUGGAGGACACGGAGCAGAUCAACCGUGAGCGUGAGGAGAACCAGGGCAGUGUGUGCAAAUACUGUGGCAAGGUGUGCAAGAGCAGCAACUCCAUGGCCUUCCUGGCUCACAUCCGCACACACACCGGAUCUAAGCCCUUCAUGUGUAAGAUCUGCAAUUUUGCAACCGCUCAGCUGGGAGACGCCAGGAACCACGUGAAGAGACACCUCGGCAUGAGAGAGUACAAAUGUGACAUCUGUGGAUGGGCCUUUGUGAUGAAGAAACACCUCAGCACCCACCUGCUGGGAAAACAUGGAGUUGGACAACGAAAAGAAAGGAAGUUUGAGUGCGAGUUGUGCGACCGCUCCUUCAGUGAAAAAUGGGCCCUGAACAACCACAUGAAACUGCACAGUGGGGAGAAACCGUAUAAGUGUGCCUGGCCGUCCUGCCAUUACGCCUUCCUCAACCUGUCAGCCAUGAAGGACCAUUACCGGACACACACUGGUGAAAAGUCCUAUCUUUGUGACCUGUGUGGUUUCGCGGGAGGCACAAGACACGCCCUCACCAAACACAGGCGCCAACACACAGGAGAGAGACCCUUCAAAUGUAAGCUGUGCAACUUCGCCUCCACCACGCAGUCCCACCUAUCGCGGCACAAACGUGUUCACACUGGGGAGAAACCAUACCGCUGCCCCUGGUGCGACUACAGAUCCAACUGUGCUGAGAACAUCCGGAAGCACAUUCUCCACACGGGCAAACACGAGGGAGUGAAGAUGUACAACUGUCCUAAAUGUAGCUACGCCACCAACUCUCCCAUGGAGUUCCGCAACCACCUGAAGGACAGUCACCCUGAUAUUGAGAACCCAGACCUUGCUUACCUACAUGCAGGUAUUGUGUCCAAGUCUUUCGAGUGUCGUCUGAAGGGCCAGGGGGCUACUUUUGUGGAGUCAGAGUCUGUGGAAUCCCCUGUGCGCAGGAAGGGUUCUUCAGAUGCAUCUGGCCAUGAUGAAUCAGUCCAGCAGGUCAUCAUUAUCCAGGGCUACGGUGAUGAAGAGGUGACCAUUGACCAGGCCCUGGAGGAAUCGGCCGCUGCCACCCUGCAGACGCUGGCUAUGGCCGGCCAGGUGGCAGAGGUGCUCCACAUCACUGAAGAUGGACAAGUCAUAGCCUCAGGCAGGGAAGUGGCAUCUGCAGGGGCCCACCUGGCCGGAGGCAGCACCCAGUAUGUGGUGCUGGAGUCAGGGGAAGCCAGGGAAGAGCUACGGGCUGUGGCUAGAGGAGGGGUAGCGAUUGGGGCAGCAGGACAAAGUCACAUUGUUUCGGAGUCGUCCACGGCUCUGGACGCUCUGCUCAGUGCUGUCAGUGAAAUGGGCCAUCAGGAAGAAAUGCAUGGAGAGGCGGCCGUUGUUCAUGAGGUCUUGACCCCAGAGAUGGCUGAGGCUGUGCAGCCUGAGGUGAAACAAGAGCAAGAGGAAGUGCAGGUCAUCCAGGAGGCCAAUCAGGAGGAGAUGCAGGAAGUGCUGCAGCUGGCAGCGUCUCAGAUGAUGAAGGAAGGUUUAACUCAGGUCAUCGUCAAUGACGAGGGCACUCACUACAUUGUGACGGAGCUGGACAACUGCACCUUACAGGUGGAGGGAAGCGUGUAUGGAGAGGCUGGGGCAGGUGAGGAAACAGUGCAGCAGACAGAGCAGCAGGCUGGAGAAGAGAUGGUGGUCUACCUGGACGGAGCGCCUCAUAAUAUAGUCCUGGAAGGGUAGAGGAGGGAGAAAUGAAGUGAAAGAGGUACAUUUGUCAUUUUAUUUCUGAUUUUCCCAGAAGAAAGAAUGUUUGCCAGGAAAUCUAUUUCUGGGACUCUUCCUCUUCCCUUUUCCCGUUUCAUUUUACAGUUUGAAUUAUUUUCUUCUCAUCAUUUCUGGUUUGUGUGUUUUUUUCCUCUCUUGGGCUAUGCUGAACUCAGGUUAGACAUGAUUCGUUUAGUGGGACGGCGAAGGAAAGAGGUUUUGGUGCUAAGUGAGUUAAUUUGCAAUCCUCACAACCACCAAGACUACAUUAACCACUUGAUUAAUACCAUGCAACUUUAGGAAAUGAAUUUAUUUCCUCCUGAAAUAUUUUUUUAAAUGCAUUUAAUAUGAUGAGUUUAAUGACUCACCAAAAAGGAAAAUAUGUAUUCAGUGGUUUUCAUGCAAGUGUGUUUUGUUUUCCUCAUAAAAUCCUUGUUUGAUAUUACUUUGAGUUUGUUUUUUGAUGUUAGAAGUUUGCUCAUGUGUCCUGUGACACAAAGGUUUAUUAAUUUCUCUCUGUUCUAAUGAUAUUUUUCCUUCCAUCCUUUGUAGUAAUUAGUAUAUUAUUAGUUACAAAACAAUGGUUUGAAACAUUUAAAAACAGAUCUUAUAGAUAUUUUAUAUGUAACAGUCAAAGGAAGUGAUAAGGAUACAUUUUAGUUCUGGGACAACCCUUCAUUUAUUUGUAAGUUCUUGGAAAACCUCUAAAAUCCAUGAAUGCAUUUUCAUUUCUGACAAUAAAGA